AUGCCCUCAAAUAACGAUGAUGUAAAUGUUUUAAGAAUUGGAAUUAGAUUGAAAUUAUGUGCUCUCGUAAUUGAAUAUACAACAAUUUCAAAGAAAGGAAAGAAGGAACUCAGACAUCGAAAAAUUUACUUGGAAGACUACAUUGUACAAAACUAUCCGGAAUUAGAGGAAGAUGAAUUGGUUGAACACAUCAAGUCUAAUGUCCUGAUGAAGCACCAUAAGAAUUUAGCCUCCCACAUUCCAGAAAAUCAAACUACAAAAAUGAUCAGAAAACUGGUCGAUUUUACUACAAAAUCAUUUUUACCUCCAGAUAAUAGGCCUCAAUCUAUACAAAACCAAAGUAAACCUUCCCCAAAUACCAAUAAUACAACCUCUAAGUACCAUCACCAAGGUGAUGACGAUAACUUUGACGAGGAUGAGGAAGACAGUGAAACACAACAGAAAGACUUGAACAAGCUAGAUGAUGUCACCCUAAGGAGAGUAAAGGCAGAGAUGGACAAGAAAUUCAACGUUAUCAGACCUGGUGAUGAGGGAUAUGAGUAUGAUAAGGAAGUAGAUUUUGAGAAUGUUCCAAAACAACAGUCGUCGUGGGAUGACUAGAUAUUUCCAAUUUCAAGAACUAUUUGAGAUACCAAUUAAUAAUACUAAUCUAGGUUUGGCACGAGCCAAUUUCUAAGCACAACUUUGUAAAAUAACUAAAGUCACUGACAAGUCUGUUCGCAACCAAAAUAAAUACAAUUUUGC